CAGCUACGACCAUGAACACGGAAAAGGACUUUUCACCUCUGACGCCCAACAUUGUGAGGGCUCUGAAUGACAAACUGUACGAGAAGAGGAAAGUGGCAGCUCUGGAGAUAGAGAAACUAGUGCGGGAGUUUGUGGCUCAGAACAACUCUACUCAAAUCAGACAUGUCAUCCAGAUCCUGGCCUCGGAGUUUGCGCUUUCCCAGCACCCCCACAGCCGGAAGGGGGGUCUCAUUGGACUGGCAGCCUGCUCCAUCGCUCUCGGCAAGGACUCAGGUCUGUAUCUGAAGGAGCUUAUUGAGCCUGUGCUCACGUGCUUUAAUGACUCAGACAGCCGCCUGCGCUACUAUGCCUGCGAGGCCCUGUAUAACAUAGUCAAAGUGGCCAGGGGAGCUGUGCUUCCCCACUUCAACCUGCUCUUUGAUGGGCUCAGCAAGCUCGCAGCAGACCCAGACCCCAAUGUGAAAAGCGGAUCUGAACUCUUGGACAGACUGCUGAAAGACAUUGUGACAGAGAGUAACAAGUUUGACUUAGUGGCGUUUGUCCCCCUGCUCAGAGAGAGAAUCUACUCCAAUAAUCAAUAUGCUCGGCAGUUUAUUAUCUCCUGGAUCCACGUUCUGGAGUCCGUGCCAGACAUCAACUUGUUAGACUACCUCCCCGAGAUCCUGGAUGGGCUCUUCCAGAUCCUGGGAGACAACAGCAAGGAGAUCCGCAGGACAUGUGAAGUGGUGCUCGGAGAGUUUUUAAAGGAGAUUAAGAAGACGCCCUCCAGUGUGAAGUUUGCAGAGAUGGCCAACAUCCUGGUCAUCCACUGCCAGGUUGCAGAUGAAGCAAAACUCACAAACGAUCUGAUCCAGCUGACAGCUAUGACCUGGAUGAGAGAGUUUAUACAACUUGCAGGCAGAGUGGUUCUCCCCUACUCCUCUGGCAUCCUGACUGCAGUGCUGCCUUGCCUCUCAUACGACGACAGAAAGAAGAACACCAAAGAAGCAGCCAGUGCGUGCAAUCACAGUCUGAUGAAGCUGGUGACCCCUGAAGAUGAUGAGGAUGAGGAGGAGGAGAAAAGUGGAAGCACAGGGUCGCCGUCCAAGGAGGAGGAUCAGCCUAAAACUGAAGUGGACAGCAAUGAUAUCCUGAAUGCAUCACAAGAAUCUGUUGGUUUAAGUAAUAUCAGCUUCUUUGCUCCAGCGAAUGCUGACAGGCCUCAGGUAACUCUGGACCUGGACGGCAUUGUUCAGGUGUUGGACAGACACCUACACGACUCCUCCACUGGCAUGAUGACCCGCAUAGCUGUGCUCAAAUGGCUCUACCACCUCUACAUCAAGACACCACGCAAGAUGUUCCGCCAUACGGACAGCCUGUUUCCCAUGCUGCUGAAAACACUGUCUGAUGAGUCCGAUGAGGUGAUACUGAAAGAUCUGGAGGUGCUAGCUGAGAUAGCGUCAUCUCCUGCUGGCCAGACGGACCAAAUGGGCCCCUGCGACAGCACAGACAACAAACUGGAGCUCAAAGUCCCAGAGAGUGCAAAGCCAGGACAGCAGCCCAAAGUAGUGGACUCGUCCCCGUCCACUCCCAGUAUGAACUCCUAUUUUUACAAGUUCAUGAUCAACCUGCUGAAGCGUUUCAGUCUGGAGAGGAAGCUGCUGGAGAACAGAGGCGCUUUCAUCAUCAGGCAGCUCUGUCUGUUGCUUCACGCGGAGAACAUUUUCCACUCCAUGGCCGACAUCUUGCUGAAGGAGGAGGACCUGAAAUUUGCCUCCACCAUGGUUCAAACACUCAACACCAUCCUGCUCACCUCGGCUGAGCUCUUUCAGUUGCGCAACCAGCUGAAGGACCUCCGCACUCAGGAGAGCUGCGCUUUGUUUUGCUGCCUGUAUCGCUCCUGGUGCCACAACCCCGUGGCCACUGUGUCGCUCUGUUUCCUCACACAGAACUACAAACACGCCUAUGACCUCAUCCAGAAGUUUGGAGAUCUGGAGGUGACGGUUGACUUCCUGAUUGAGGUCGACAAGCUGGUGCAGCUCAUUGAGAGCCCCAUUUUUACCUACCUGCGCCUGCAGCUCCUGGAUGUGGAGAACAACCCUUACCUGAUUAAGGCGCUGUACGGCCUGCUGAUGCUGCUGCCACAGAGCCAGGCAUUCCAGCUGCUCUCCCACCGUUUGCGGUGUGUUCCCAACCCGGAGCUCAUGAGGACUGUGGAUGAGUCCAAAUACAUGGACUCAAAGAAGCAAGUGGUCUCCAAGCGUGCCUCUCAUACUCAGGUGGAUUACAAUGAGCUGCUCCAGCACUUUGACCGCGUUCAGAGUAAACACCUGGAGGUCCGGCACCAGCGCUCUGGACGAGCCUCCGAUCACCCUGACAGGAAGCUAAUGUGAAGUCAUUGCACCUCCUCUGACCCUUGAGGACAGCGAGAGGAGGGUGAAGGAAAAAUGUUAAGGACAAGAACAAAAUAUAUAGAUAUUGAAGCCAAAAAUUAAGUAUGAUUAAAAACUGUCUCAUCAGAGCACUGGAUAUAUAUAUACAUUAUCAUGACACAAUGAUUUGUUUGUAAAUUAAGAAUGUCCUGUAACAUAAGAAAACAACACAUUUAAUACACUUCAGACUACACACAUGCUAAUUAACAGUUACUACUUUAUGUGAAGAUUUGAGGAAUGUACAUACAAUCUCACACAUCAUAACUACUGGUGGUGAUAUUACGGCCAUAUCCAGAUCAUGCCCUGUCAGCAGCUGAGAUUAUUUCCAGCUAAAUUAAAUGUCCACAUUGUUUCAAGUGAUUCUGACAUGCAUUUCAGUGUUAAAUAGCGCACUUCUGUCUUUUAAUAUCCAGGUGAGUGAAACACAGUAUUUUCAUGGUGUGUGCUGUUGAACAGUAACAAUAGAGCAUGCGUUCAGGGUUGCCUUAAUCUCUUGUCAGCCAAACUCACGUGUCGAGUAUUGACCCAGCUCAGCUGAGGUUUUAAAUUUUGGAAGCCAUGGAUGACUGAACUCUGGCAUAAAUUCCGGGUAGGCCCACGUUGUUGCACCUCUUGCCAUUACUUAUUAGUGCAGCUGAUCGAUAAUGUUACAGACCUUUUAAUUCCAUUUCUUUCUUUUUAUAUUCUUCAGCUAAUAUGUGUUUCUCUAUGUACAAGUGUCUGUUUGUCUUGUGCUCUUAAAACAACUCGCACCUUUGUCAUUGCUAUGUGAAGAUCAAUAAAGUGGACCAUGUGAUUAAAACGUACCUUUUUCAUAUCUACAUAUGAAACAAAUCCUAUAAAAAAAAUAUUGGUUAAAAGUGUGUGCGAGGGGAGAAGAAAGCAG